UCUACCUCAUGCCUUGGAAUUUGUCCCACAUGUUCACAGAAGUGUAACAGAGGCGCGGUAGGCGUGGAGAGUCGCGCGCCUAGACUCGAAUCCGGAACGAGCGCUGGAUGGAAACAAGCCACGGCAUGAAACGUUUUCAACUAAGCAGACAGUGACAACUUCUCGUCAGAAAGUUACAGCGACAUUUUGACAGCAAGAAGGGUGAUUACGGUUUGAGCUUGCCUCAGUGUAACCUCAUCAUCCAAUGGCAUAUGGUAGACUUCAUGACCACUGAAGACCCCAUGUGUCUCUUCUAUGGAGCCCGACCAGGAAAUUACUCAGUGGCUGACCAGUCUACACCUGCUCCAAUAUGCCUCCAGCUUCGCCCGGGCUGGCUACCAUUGCUUAAAGGACCUCAGGAGCCUAACUGAUGAGAAGCUUCUUAAAAUGGACAAUAUUCCCACAGGACACCGGCGGAGGAUCCUUAGCAGCCUGGAGACCCUGAUGAUGAAAGUGGAUGGAGGUGAAGUGCCAGUGAGGAGAAAGCCGAUGCCAAGACCUAGAAAGGUGUUUCCCAAGGCUAAGCAGAGAGAAACAUGUUGUCAGCAUUCUCAGGGCAGUGACAUCCAGGUGACAAGGCAAACUUCAAGGACUAUUGCUGAUUCAGAGUGUAUGGCCACUGGUUCUGCUACACUUCCUCAUACACUUUCCUCCAGCUCUAGCUCCACCUCUGAGCAUGGCAGCAGUGAAUCACUGGAGAACUUUUCAGAAGAACCCAUUCCAGAUGAGAAUGAUGACUUUUCCUCAGAAGGAGCUUCUGUAGAGUUUCUGGGAGAAAUGGUUGAAAAUGAAAUAUAUGAGGAGUGCACCUUCAAUAAGGAACCCUCCGAGCCGAGGGUCACCCGCUCCUUUAAACUACGACACAGGCCUGUACCAGAGAUCCCUGAACAUCCCUACAUACCUCCUUAUGACUGGAAUGUGGCAGCAAACAACAAUGACCACCUCACAAAGUCAGAGGGACUCAUCUGCCCCACAGUCAGUCAGAAAGCACCACUUCAAAGGACAUUGUCCCCCAUUGCCCCAUAUGGAGAGCUUUUUCUGUACAACUCAGCAGAAAAGGAACCGGAUGUGGGCAAUGAGGUUAUGUCUAGUCAAGGAGUAAAAGUGAACCUGGAUCAACAGAAGUUGAGAAUCAAGCAGACACAAAACCAAGAAAGCACACACAAUAACAAGAAGCAAGACCUUUCCAAGCAACAAUAUAUCCAUGAUGAUGAUGAUGAUGAUGAUGAUGAUGAUUACUCCACUGUCCAAGAAUCCAAGCUUAGUCAGCAAAUGGCUACUGAAUGCUCUUUUAAACAUCUUACAUCGCCUACUCUUCUUUCGAGCACUGGAACAUCAGCUUUGGCCAAGCCUCAGACAGAUGUGAAGGACAUAUACAGUAUGGCACAUGAUGACCUACCAGGCCUACUGAGACCAAGCCUUCCUUCUAUAACAGAAGUUUCCAUUUCUCCCUAUGCCUGCUUCUAUGGGACCCGUAAUGCUGUCACCAAAGAAGGCUGGCUAGAUAAACUCUCUCCUCAAGGGAACUGUGUCUUUCAGAGAAGAUGGGUGAAGCUUGAAGGAGGAAAUCUCACUUACUACAGCAGCGAUAAGGAGAUGUACUCGAAGGGCCUGAUACCCAUUUCGACAGUAAAACAAGUUCGUGCUCUUGGUGAGAAUAAGUUUGAGGUGGUCACGUCUGCAAGAACCUUUGUGUUUCGGGCAGAGAAAGAAGGAGAACGUCAGGAUUGGCUAGAGGUUCUCCAGUCUACUGUGAGCUCCCAGCCCUCCAUUUCCCAUCAGCCUCGCAAAAAUAACACAAACAAGAGUGGCUACGUCGAGCUGCGUGGCCUCAAAGGAAGAGUCUACCUCAGCCUCAUGGGAACCAGCUUCAGACUCUGUAAAACAGACCAGGAUUUUAAUACUGGGCUGGCCAUCACUGAGGUGGACCUCACUGCUGCGUGUGUGAAACAAUUUGAGAGGAAAGGAUUUGAGAUCACCACACCUUUCAAAUCUUUCUGUUUCACAGUGGAGUCUGAGCGUGAGAGAGAGGAAUGGAUAGAAGCAGUUCAGGAGUCCAUCGUAGAGACGUUGUGUAAUUAUGAGGUGCUGGAGAAGGUUUGGUUCAACAGGUCCAACAGGAAGUGCGCUGAUUGUCAGGCUCCUGACCCAGAAUGGGCCUCCAUCAACCUGUGUGUGGUCAUCUGCAAGAAUUGUGCUGGUCAGCAUCGAUUCCUGGGUCCUGGGAUCUCAAAGGUACGCAGUAUGAAGCUAGACAGCAGCAUAUGGACCAACAAACUCAUUGAGCUGUUUUUAGACGUUGGAAAUAAAAAUUUCAACAGCUUCUGGGAAGCAAAUCUUCCCUCAGAGGAGGAGCUUUGCAUGCAGCCGUCUCUGGAGCAGCGUGCAUCCUUUAUUCGCAGGAAGUACAAAAAGAGAAAGUACAAGAAAGUUCUAGAAGGUCUAAACACUCAAGAGGAACUCAACAAGGCGCUGUGUGCAACAGUGGUUCUCCCUGACAUCCUGCAAACCAUGGCCCUGGUUUUCAGCGGGGCAGAUGUGAUGUGUGCAACAGGUGACCCUCAGUACUCCACCCCAUAUCUUCUGGCUCAGAAAGCGGGCCAGAGGCUGCAGAUGGAGUUUCUCUACCACAACAAGCUCACAGAUUUUCCUAAGCUGGAAGCAGUAUUUGACAGCAGUUUUUCGGCUGAUGUUCCGUCUUUUAUGGAUGGAUUUCUCUAUUGCUCUGUGAACGCUGGCAAGGCCACUCUGGACCGGAAAGGAAGACCCGACCUGGUCCGCCGUUGGUGUACAUUGGAAGGUGGAUUCCUUAGUUACUAUGAAAAUGAGAAAAACGCUACACCCAUAGGCAGGGUUGACAUCAGCGAUGUGGUGAGCCUGGCCAUCAACAUCACUGAGAACAUCACCGAAACAGGGCCAGUGUUCACCUUUGAGUUGUACCUGCGCUCUCAGAGAGUGCUGGUGUUUGGAGCGGAGACCUCAGACGCACAACAGGAUUGGACAUAUGCCAUCGCCAAGUGUUUUGUCCCUGCAAGGGCAGAUGCUCUGCUGAGGCAGGAUGGUGAGCUUAUUGGGCGACUGCACUAUAAAGAGGGUCAUGACCUUUAUCAUUGGCGAAUGGGAUGGUUUACACUGGUGGGCACAGAACUCUACUUCUGUUCUGGAGAUGAAGAUGAAGAGGAGGGAGUUCUUCGACUCAAACGCCUACAGGAGCUUACUGUGUCCACUCAUAUGGAGGGUGAUGAGAAGAUUCAGGUCUUACUCAUGGUUGAGAGUGGGAGGACUGUGUACAUACAUGGCAUCACCGACAAGGACUUUGCACUGUGGCAUUCUUCCAUCCAGUUGGCAGCUGGGACGGACGGUAUGGCUCUCUGCAACCAGCAGAUGAAUAAAAAUGAUGUUCCUAUCAUUGUGGAUAGCUGCAUUGCUUUUGUCACCCAAUAUGGUUUGUGUUAUGAGGGAAUCUACCAGAAGAACGGUGACCCGGGCCGUGUGGCCCAGCUCCUGCAGGACUUUACCAAGAACGCUCGGGUUGUUAAGCUACGGGCUCAAGACCACCGGCUAGAGGAUGUCACAGACACACUCAAGAGCUUCCUGUCUCACAGUGAAGAUGCUCUAUUGGCUAAAGAGCUGUACCCUUUUUGGAUCUCUGCCCUUGAUGAACAGGAUGAGAAGGUCAGAGUACAAAAAUAUUCGUCCUACAUUCAGAGUUUACCCGAAGUCAACAGGUCAACACUCGGUGCUCUGCUGCAGCAUUUGUACAGGAUCCAGAGGUGCUCGCGUAUCAACCAGAUGAACACGCAGAAUCUGGCGUGUGUUUUCUCCUCGUGCCUGUUUCAGACGGAGGGACACACAGCUCAGGAGACCCGCGUGGUGGAGGACCUCAUCAACAAUUACAUCCAGCUCUUCUCUGUCAGUGAAGAGCAGGUUAGGCAAAUGGAGAAAGAAAACAGCUUUAUCACCAGGUGGAAGGACACCACAUUCUCUCCUGCUGGUGACCUGAUAUUUGAAGUCUACGUAGAAAAAAAGGAGCCAGAGAAGUGCUGUUUAAUCAAGGUGUCUCCUAGCAUGAGGUCGGACGAGCUUGCCAUAAGCACUCUGGAGAUGAAGGGGAUGGAGGUCAAAGCUCAAGAUCUCUGGACCACUUUUGAGGUCAUUGAGAAUGGAGAGAUGGAGCGGCCCUUACACUACAAAGAGAAGAUUCUGGAGCAGGUAUUGGAGUGGAGCUCUCUGGAGGAUCCCAGCUCGGCCUUCUUGCUCAUUAAGAAAUAUUCUGGCUCUAAAAUGACAGAUUCCAACUCAGAUAAACUGAAAGAUUUCAUUAAAGGAGAGCAACUCAAAUUCAAAGACGGUUCUUCCAAACUGCUUUUGGGGAAUAAGUUUCAGGACCGAUACCUGGUACUACAAGACAAAAAACUGCUGUUAUACAAAGACAUAAAAAGUACCAAACCAGAAAGAGAGGCUCCAUUAAAGUCUCUUAAAUGUUACUUAGGGCUACGAAGGAAGUUGAAACCAACAAGCAGUUGGGGUUUUACUGUUUAUACUGAAAAACAGCAGUGGUAUUUCUGCUGUAAAGGGAAUGAUUCUCAGCAGGACUGGGUCACCUCCAUUAUCAGAGUAAAGCAUGGCAGUGACUUAUGGCCUAAAGACCUAAAGCAGAGCGCAUCGUUACCUUAUAACCUGUGCAGAGGAAGAACAUCCACUUACAGCACUGCAAAGACCAGCACAGGCAAACCUCAGAGAGAGGCUAAAGGAAAGUCAGUCCUCACUACAUGUAUAGAAGGUUCAAAUACACAAAACCAAAUGACCACAGAUGUGAGCAACCAACCGGACUUGAUGCAUAAAUUGGCAAGCAGUGAAGGAACUCUGAGUGUCUCCGGGCUUCAAAUGGUGAUUGAUGACACAUUCCAGUCUCUGCGUAGACCAUCACUUCAACAAGACCCCAGCGCUCUCACCCAGCUAUCGCACAAGAAGGCUGUGUUGCCCUGCAGAGGUGUGCAGUUGCCUCAGAACAUCAUUAAUGAGCUAAGUACUGUUCUUAACAAAACAGGACGCUUUCCAAAAGAAGACAAUUAAGAGAGACAUACAGAGACAGAAAGACAAGACUCGUCUGUUGCUCUUCCAUUGGGCAUGAGGAAAAGCCAAGACCAAAUCAACCCACAAAUCUCAGUCGGUUCUCAGUAAGGAGGUUGGAUGUACUAUAUAUAUAUAUAUAUAUAUAUAUAUAU